AUGCGGGAGCCCGAGGAGACCAAGGAGGCCGAGGCGGAGGAGGCCGGCGACUACGGAGAGUUUGGCGCCCUGCCCGCCCCCGCAGCCACCGACAACUGGGCCGCCGCGGCGCCCGGCUACGACGCCACCGGCGGCGCCGCGCCCGGCUUCGAGGCGGCCGAGGGCGGGUUCGAGGCCGUGCCCGCGACGGGCUUCGAGGCCGCGCCCGCGCCCGAGGCGUUCGCCACGGCGAAUGCGGCCUUUGCCUCCGGCUUCGAGUAG